AUGGCCAAUUUGGAUUUCCUCGCCCGGUUCCCGGCGGGCAAUGCGUCCCUCAGCGUCGUCGCAUCAGAUGGAGUCAUGACCAUCCACAAUCUCCAUCCUGGAACCAUUGGCCGCCGGUGUCCACUUCUAGAGCUAUCAUUUGAGCAAGGCGCCUCUGGAAUCCCUAGAGCGAGUGUCGAAGCAACGUCUGUGGACCUCGUCGUGCACUUUCUCCGCUUCUGCUACACUGGCGACUACCUCUCCUACGAUGACAUGGGCGCUCUACCUUUCUCACUACUCAUGCACGCUCAGCUCUGUCGCAUGGCAGAGAUCUUCGAAGUACCAGAACUUCAGGCUUUAGCCCAUACCAAUGUCAUUCGAGAGACUGAGCUCGCCUGUAGCCUUCCGUCGCCACCACUUGACCUCUGCCCGGCAAUUCGCUUCAUAUACGAGCAUCUAGCGGACCAGAGACCGCUUGUCGAAACCAUUCUCCACUACUGUGUCUACUGCUUCUUACAGCAUAGACUCGGGACGGACGACUCAUUCCGACAAGUCGCCUUCGAGCUGCGACCAUUCCACCAGGAUCUAUGUCGUACUAGCUUCCAGCGGGGUUUCCAAGAUGACGGAGCCAUUGAUAUCGUUCGUCUGCCUGUACAAGAAUCAACCCCACACUCGAUGCAGGAACUCGGCAAGCUCGCCCUCGGCGAUUUCCUCUACGGACUCUGGUCCGGCGACGUUUCCGACCUUCCCAAGGAGCUGGGCGAACAGGACCACGGCGCAGUCCUCCCGGAGAGCGAACACACUUUAGUGUACAGACCAAAAGUGGUGGAUUCAAAGCGAAUUGGAACUUCCGAAGACGACGUUUAUGGCUACACGCUCGUCCACCUCCCGAAAUACGCUUCGGAAAGCGGACCCUCCAAUCUCAUGUCCAAUGCCCAGUCCCAGGAUCCUUCGAGCGAUCUUCCGCACGCCCAGCGUCCUUCAAUUAGUGUACAGACCGACGCGGACACCGAGAAUCGGGAGAACUUGGAGGACUGGACGAUUACAUCUCCAACGACCAACAAUACCUCAGACUCAGACUCAGAGUGGGCUUUCGUGUAG